AUGUCUAAGGUCUUUUUCGAUGUUGAAGCCGAUGGUCAACCAUUAGGUCAAAUUGUUUUCAAAUUAUACAAUGACGUAACCCCAAAAACAGCUGAAAAUUUCAGAGCUUUAUGUACUGGUGAAAAGGGUUUCGGUUAUGCCGGUUCUCCAUUCCACAGAGUCAUUCCGGACUUCAUGCUGCAAGGUGGUGAUUUCACUGCCGGUAACGGUACUGGUGGUAAGUCCAUCUACGGUGGCAAGUUCCCAGACGAAAACUUCGUCAAGAAGCACGAAAAACCAGGUUUGUUAUCCAUGGCCAACGCCGGUCCAGGUACCAACGGUUCCCAAUUCUUCAUCACCACUGUUCCAUGCCCAUGGUUGGACGGUAAGCACGUCGUCUUCGGUGAAGUCGAGUCCGGCUUCGAUAUUGUCAAGAAGAUUGAAGCCUUAGGUUCCCCAUCUGGUGCCACCAGAGCUAGAAUCAUGGUCGCCAAGUCCGGUGAAUUAUAG